AUUUUAUGGAAAAUAGUAAAAUAGGAAAAGAAAAAUAUAAUGAAAGAAUUAUGUACAAGUUAGUAAUAUUUUAAACAGAAACUUUUGUUUGAUUUGAACUAGAGAAGAGAGGAAUGCAAAGAGCAUAAUCAUAAAGAAGAGAGAAUAAGUCCAAGAUGAGAAGAAUCUAAGGCAGGUUGACAUGUCCAAAAUGCUCACAUGCCCAGUCUGAGCAUCCUAAUACACAAACAACAAUCAGGGACCCAAGCAGCAACAGUCAUAUACACCACCACUCGUCCUCUCCUUUUCUUCUAAAUUUUUAUGUAUAAUUGUAUAAACCUUCCCACCUUUUGACUUGGCCGACCACAAACAAUUAUCUAAGUCUUAAGCAUUACUGGUAAUUUUUGUUCUACAGAAGCUGAAUCAUAUCAAUUUGGCAAUAUUUACAUGCCUAAUGCCAUUAAAAGGAAACUCCCAUUCACUUUUCUUCUCUCAUCUGUCGAGAGACAUAGCUAGCUUGCUCACCAAAAACCUACUUUUUAUAAGCUGUGGCGGGCUAUAUUUUUUUUUCCCUGUUGGAUUUUAGCUUAUAUGUAUGGCAUUCCUCAGUUCUUCACCGCAAAACUCAGUACUCAAAACCAGCAAACAAAGAGGCUCAUCAAAACGCCAUAAACAACCGUCUUCAUGGGACCAAAUCAAGAAUCUACUCACUUGUAAAUAUAUCCAAACUGCUACGGCCCUUCAGAAUCCUCCCCAAAACAACACUAAUGCUACAUUAAACGGUGCUUACGCAAAGCUAGGACAUUGCAAGUAUACGUGUGGUUUUGAGGACGUUGCUCAUGGAAACACUAAAGUUAUUCACAGACCCGAUAACUUGUCAGGAAACAGCUCCUCCGGACGAGAAACCAGCCGGAAAAAUGUUAGUGGGGUCUUGCUGUCAUCAUCGUCCAGAUCCUUGGCUAGUAAUGCUUCAGGCAGAUCUAAUUCUUUCUCAGCUUCUUCGAGAAGAAUGCAAUUUAGGAAACUUUCCGGCUGUUACGAAUGUCAUCUGAUUGUCGAUCCUAGCAGGUAUCCGAGUCCAACAAGUACAAUUUGUGGCUGCCCCGAGUGUGCAGAGAUCUUUCUGAAUACUGAAAGUUUGGAACUUCAUCAAGCUCUUAGACAUGCUGUGUCGGAGCUCAGUCAUGAAGAUUCGGGCCGAAAUAUUGUAGAAAUGAUAUUCAAAUCAAGCUGGCUGAAAAGAGACGGUUCAUUCUGCAACAUCGAACGUAUACUAAAAGUGCGCAACAGAAAACUUACUAUCCAACGUUUCGAAGAUUGCCGUGACGCCAUUAAGCUUCGCGCUCUCGCAAACACGAAGAGAAACCCUAGGUGUGCUGCUGACGGUAACGAACUACUAAGGUUCCAUUGCACGAGCCUCAUGUGCGCGCUCGGCGCCCGUGGCUCAUCCAGCCUCUGCGGCUCGAUGCCCGGGUGCGGAGUUUGUACUAUAAUCAGACACGGGUUUCCAGGGACCCAUUUUGCUGAUCAUGGGAGCGGGGUCCGCACCACUUCGAGCAGCGGCAGGGCCCAUGAUUGUUUUGCUGGGACCUCUACACGGAGAGCUAUGCUUGUUUGUCGUGUUAUUGCUGGGAAAGUGAGGAUGGCAGCGGAGGGAGAUGGUUUGGUAGCUGCGGGAGGUUAUGAUUCUGUCGCUGGAAUCGUCGGGGUUUAUUCCGAUCUUGAGGAUUUGUAUGUCUGUAAUCCUAGGGCGAUCCUUCCUUGUUUUGUUGUUAUUUACAAUGCCAUGCUAUAGAGUUUUUGCUGAAUUAAAUUUACUGUAGUCGUUUAUGUUGAAAUAUAACGUAAGAUCCAUUUGGAAGAACGGUUCUCAGUAUGGUAUCAGAGCUAUCUGAGCUAAGGAAGUAAUUUUUCACUA